AUGCGUUGGGAACUUUUCAAGGCAGUAACCCUCGCUGCUCUGGUUCAGGUGAAAAUUUCACUCCUCCCUCAGAACCACCAGCGGGAGCAGAUAGAGGCAUUUGGACGAAAAGUAGCAGUUCGUGCUCAAGCCCAGGGCCCCCAGGGAACCAUCCCAAUUGCACGAGCUGGUAAUGAUAUUCCAAUGAAGCAACCCGCCCCUCUUCACAUAGAAGACUCCUCCAACGCCACGGAGCUUCACGUUCUUGCCAGAAUGACAAACGAGCAUUGGUAUGCGACUGCCUAUCAAAAUAAUGAGACUCUCGGCGGCGGCGGCUUCAUCUCUACCCACCCACAGAUCGUUGCUGUUGUCCAUGACAGAGCUGACCGACCUAACGGCGUCGCUAAGCCAGAUCAGACCGUCGAAGCUGGCUGGACGUACUAUCCUGUUCUUCACAAGGGACAUCCCAUUCUGUUCGCCUUCUACACCACCAAUGGGUAUCGGAGCCAGAGCGACUAUGUGGGUGGCUAA